GCGAACGCCAAAUGCGAAAUGGACCGUUUCCGUGAUCCUGGACCUGGACAGACGAAGCAUCCAGUGCAGCAGGAAACCAUCAGGAACGGAAAGAUCCGCAAAAUGAUCGAGCAACCCGGAGAGGACGUCCAAUCUGGUUCGUGCCGUGCCGUGCCGAAGCCGCAGAGUCUCACCGGAGAACGGAUGAACCUUCUGGAGAUCGCCGGGCACCUUACGAAUCCUGCACAGACCGGGCUCAAGAUUCAGUCGCUGCUGUACGGCCACCUGGAACCGCGGACGAAUCCUUCGGAGAUGGUCAACCCCCAAGCGAACGCCAAAUGCGAAAUGGACCGUUUCCGUGAUCCUGGACCUGGGCAGACGAAGCAUGCAGUGCAGCAGGAAACCAUCAGGAACGGAAAGAUCCGCAAAAUGAUCGAGCAACCCGGAGAGGACGUCCAAUCUGGUUCGUGCCGUGCCGUGCCGAAGCCGCAGAGUCUCACCGGAGAACGGAUGAACCUUCUGGAGAUCGCCGGGCACCUUACGAAUCCUGCACAGACCGGGCUCAAGAUUCAGUCGCUGCUGUACGGCCACCUGGAACCGCGGACGAAUCCUUCGGAGAUGGUCAACCCCCAAGCGAACGCCAAAUGCGAAAUGGACCGUUUCCGUGAUCCUGGACCUGGACAGACGAAGCAUCCAGUGCAGCAGGAAACCAUCAGGAACGGAAAGAUCCGCAAAAUGAUCGAGCAACCCGGAGAGGACGUCCAAUCUGGUUCGUGCCGUGCCGUGCCGAAGCCGCAGAGUCUCACCGGAGAACGGAUGAACCUUCUGGAGAUCGCCGGGCACCUUACGAAUCCUGCACGGACCGGGCUCAAGAUUCAGUCGCUGCUGUACGGCCACCUGGAACCGCGGACGAAUCCUUCGGCCGACCGGGCUGACACCGAAUCCAAAACGGAACGUUUCCUAAAACCUGGUGGAGGUUUCAGAGCCAUCCCGCACUACUUUUAAGAAUAGUUGAAGAACCAUGUUAUUUUGUAAGUGGCCUUUGUCAAUAAUAAAUAAUUAUGAUUGAUGUUGUUUUUUUGGGCAAUAAAAUGUGUAAUUUGAUUUAUUC